GCUGAUAGAAAGCAGCAGCUGAUCGAUGUGAUCACUGAGGACAGAUGGAGGACCGAGUCUCUGAACCCAAACUGGUUCUGGUCUUCAGCGGGAAACGGAAGUCCGGAAAAGAUUAUGUGACGGACCUGAUCCACAACCGUUUAGGAUCUGAUGCUUGCUGCGUCAUCCGCCUGUCUGGACCUCUCAAGCAGCAGUAUGCUAAGGAACACAAUCUGGACCUGGACCGGCUGUUGGGUCCUGGUCUUUAUAAGGAGCAGUAUCGGGCCGAUAUGAUUCGCUGGGGAGAAACUCGCCGCAGCCAGGACCCUGGGUUCUUCUGUCGCCUAGCAACCAGAGGAGCAAGGCAACCUGUCUGGAUGGUGAGUGAUGCGCGGCGGCUGUCAGACCUGCAGUGGUUCUGGUCAGAGUUUCCUCGACAGACUCAAACUGUCAGAGUUCAAAGUUCAGAAAAAACACGGCAACAGAGGGGGUGGAUCUUCACUGCAGGUGUGGACGAUGCGGAGUCAGAGUGCGGGUUGGACAGUGGGGUUGAAUUUGAUUGGCUCAUCACUAAUGAGGCUGACGCCCCCUCGUUGGAAGAGCAGCUGCAACCAAUCCUGAAGCUGGUGGAGGAAGCAGCUGAAAAUCACUGAUCGAUAACGGAUGAACGUUCAGUAACAGCAGGACUGUAGAGCUGAUCACUGUCCUCUCUCUGUGAUCAAUAAAGUUUUUCUAGAAACUCAA